AUGGAUCUCCUUCGUCGGAUCUUCUUUGUAAUCACAGGAUGCCUAUGCCAGGAUGGCUAUGCUGUGGUGGCAUCAGACGGGCCGGGCGGGUACCGCAUCAUUUUGAAUCGACUCGAAAGUUCCCGCGUUCUUCCUGUGUCUUGUCUGUCUUGCUGCCAGGAUGGCUACGCUGUGGUGGCAGCGGACGGGCCGGGCGAGUACCCCAUCAUUGCCGAGGCGCGUGCCGGGGAUGAUGCAGCCAAUGUGGUGGUGACACCUGGCACAGUCGCUUACAUCACCACGGGAGGCCCGGUUCCCCAGGGUGCAGACGCUGUGAUUCAAGUGGAGGAUACGCUUCCUGCUGACUCCUCCAGCGGCCAGAGGCGUGUGACUAUAGUGAAGGGCGCUACAGUGGGGCAAGACAUCCGCCCUGUGGGCUCGGAUCUGGCAGCGGGUACAGUGGUGCUGCAGGCAGGGGAGCGUCUUGGGCCAGCGGAAAUAGGACUGCUGGCAACAGUGGGGGCAGCACACGUGCACGUGCACCGGCAGCCGCUGGUGGCAGUUCUCUCCACGGGAGACGAGCUCAUAGACCCUGCACAGCAUGCCAGCGCCACUCUCCCUCGCGGCAUGAUAAGGGACGCCAAUAGACCCAUGCUACUUGCUGCUGUGCGGCAACACAUAGGAGCAGCAGCAUCAGCAGCACCAGGGGCCAGCUGUCCAGCCCCUAUGGAUCUGGGGAUAACACUAGAUACAGAGGAAGCGGUGGCAGCAGCGUUUCAGAGAGCACUAGCAGCGAGGGCGGAUGUGGUGGUGGCGUCUGGAGGAGUGUCCAUGGGCGAUAGGGACUUUGUCAAGCCGCUGCUGGAAAGGCUUGGGACUGUUCACUUUGGCCGGGUACACAUGAAGCCAGGAAAACCGCUCACUUUCGCAACCAUCGAAACCCCCUCAGAUAAGACGGAUGGCGCCGCCCAGCCGCACCGAACGAUAAUUUUUGGGCUGCCCGGAAAUCCGGCCCACAUCUCCUCUGCUCUCCGCCUCGACACUGACCGCCCUGAGUACCACCGAGCAUCCCUCCGCUGGGAACCCAACGUCCCUGCUGCCCUUGCCUCCUCUGCUGCUUCGCUUGGCUCUUCUGCUGGGUCUAGUGCUGCUUUUGAGAAUUCUGCUGGGUCUAGUGCUGCUUUUGAGAAUUCUGCUGGGUCUAGUGCUGCUUUUGAGAAUUCUGCUGGGUCUAGUGCUGCUUUUGAGAAUUCUGCUGGGUCUAGUGCUGCUUUUGAGAAUUCUGCUGGGUCUAGUGCUGCUUUUGAGAAUUCUCAAAGGUCUAGUGCUGCUGCUGCCGCUCCUUCGUCCUCUGGUGCCGCGGCGUCUGGGUUCAUAGCGGACAGCACAGGGAGGCAGAUCAGCAGCCGGCUCCUCUCCAUGCGCUCAGCGCACUGCCUGCUUGAGCUACCCCAGGCGCAGGGCUCCCUCCCUGCAGGCUCGCUGGUCUCCGCGCUGCUGCUGCCUGAUGCUGCUGCGUGCCUGGCGGUCCCUGCGGUGGCAGUGGGGAGGACAGGAGGAGGGGAGGCUGUGAGAGGGGGAGGGGAGGGAGAGGAGGGGGAGAAGCAUGGAUGUGGUGGCCCCAGGGCAGUCCAGGCAGUGCAGUCGCUGCUGCCAGCAGCAGCGGUGGUGGCGACAGCAGUGGUGCCAGAUGACCCAGACAAGAUAGCAGCGCAGGUCAAGGCUGGUCCCAGGGCAGUCCAGGCAGUACAAUCUCUUCUGCCAGCAGCAGCAGUGGUGGCGACAGCAGUGGUCCCAGAUGACCCAGACAAGAUAGCAGCGCAGGUCAAGGAAUGGGCGGAUGGGGGAGAAAUCUUUGCGUCAGCUCCUGAGGCAGUGCGUGUGGCAGCAGUGGAUGUGAUUAUAACGACAGGAGGCACGGGGUUCUCCCCUAGGGAUGUCACUCCUGAGGCUUGUGCGCUGCUCUUCCACCGCUCUGCACCGGGCCUCACCCAUGCCAUGCUGCAGGAGAGCCUCAGGAUCACGCCCUUUGCCAUGCUCUCGCGCAUGGCUGCUGGCAUUAGAGGCUCCACUCUGAUCCUCAACCUGCCAGGCAACCCCAACGCGGUUUCAGAGUGUCUGGCUGCCCUCAUGCCUGCUCUUCCCCAUGGCUUGAAGCAGCUGAAAGGCGACAAGCGGGAGAAACACCCACGCCACACGCCCCACCCUGGCAUAGCCAAGUGA